UCAGCAGAGUGAACCAACUCCAACUUUCUCUGGGCGGGCGGCGUUCAGCACUUUGUGAGGCUGGAGAGCGAAUAAAUGGAGCACAGAGCAGUUGCAUUAAAGAUGAUGGGCAGGGGGACACUAAUGGUGGCAUGUGUUAAUAAGAAAUUCGUGGGCACGUUUUGAGAGUCAUCACAUUUCUGUGCAUGCACUCAGCGUCAGGUCUCUCCACUCUGUGUGGUAGCAGCGGAUGCGGUACUAUUUUUAGAAACAAUGUUGCGGUAGAGGAAUCAAUCAAACUGGGACUAAAACAGUGUGUUCAUGGCAAUCUGCUGCUUUUAGUGCUGCAAUCUUCUGAGAUCCCCAUCUACGCUCGCCGGGUCAUGGGAUAGGACGUAGCAUUUAUAUCUAUCUCUUCUCAGCUGCUGCAACAUGAUGCAUUUUCCUCUGAUGCUCUCCAGGAAAGCACACCGGUGGACUGCAAACUUUUGCACCAUGCAAUCCACUACACUUCAUGGCAACAGUGGCUGCAAUGCUUUUGGGACCUCAUGUAGUUUUGUGUCUUUUCACAGUCUUAGAAUUUCUAAAGAACACUGCAGUUUGGGAUGUGAAUGAGAAUUGUUGAAUGAUAAAGAUCUGAGGAGCCUGGAAAUCGGGAGGGGGGGGGGGGGGCACACUGUUUUCUCAUCCUCUUUACUUCUAAGUGUGAGCACAUUUUUUGCUGGCUCUUAUGGGAAUUAAGCACUCGUCCCGCUGCAUGCUCCUCAGGAGAAAAAUGGCGGAGUCUGAGAGCAGUGAGCAACCACAGCCACAGCCACAGCCACAGCCAAUCCGCAUAAUUCCAUCCCAGUCGGCACAGCCCACCUCAUUGCCCAAGCCGGUGCCUUCCAUCCAGCAUGCCACGAGACCUCCUUUGCCGCCACAUACACCCCAUGCCGCCAGCCUUUCUAGCUGUCCUGGGCGGGGCAAGAUGUCCAAAUUCCUCAGCCCGGAGGAGAUGACCUCACGAGACUACUACUUUGACUCAUAUGCGCACUUUGGUAUACAUGAGGAGAUGCUGAAGGACGAAGUGAGGACGCUCACCUACAGAAACUCCAUGUACCACAACAAGCACGUCUUCAAGGACAAAAUAGUGCUGGAUGUUGGAAGCGGGACUGGGAUCCUGUCCAUGUUCGCGGCCAAAGCAGGGGCAAAGCACGUGUAUGGGAUUGAAUGUUCCAGUAUAUCAGAGUACUCAGAGAGAAUCAUCAAGUCCAACCACCUCGACAGCGUGAUCACCAUCUUCAAAGGAAAGGUGGAGGAGGUGGAGCUUCCUGUUGAGAAGGUUGACAUCAUAAUAUCCGAGUGGAUGGGCUACUGCCUGUUCUAUGAAUCCAUGCUCAACACCGUCAUCUUUGCCAGGGACAAGUGGCUGAAACCCGGUGGAUUGAUGUUUCCUGACCGUGCCUCUCUGUACGUGGUGGCCAUAGAAGACAGGCAGUACAAAGACUUCAAAAUACAUUGGUGGGAGAACGUGUAUGGCUUUGACAUGACCUGUAUCCGUAAUGUGGCCAUGAAGGAACCACUGGUGGACGUAGUGGACCCUAAACAGGUGGUGACAAACUCCUGCCUCAUCAAGGAAGUGGACAUCUACACAGUGAAGGCUGAAGACCUCUCAUUUACCUCAGCGUUCUGCCUGCAGAUCCAGAGGAACGACUACAUCCAUGCACUGGUCACCUACUUCCACAUUGAGUUCACUAAGUGUCACAAAAAGAUUGGUUUCUCCACCGCGCCAGAUGCCCCGUACACCCACUGGAAGCAGACGGUGUUCUACCUGGAGGACUACUUGACGGUACGGAGAGGAGAGGAGAUCACCGGCAGCAUUGCUAUGAAGCCCAAUGAGAAAAACACUCGAGACUUGGACUUUACCUUCGAGCUGGAUUUCAAAGGACAGCUGUGUGAAGCGGCCAUAGCCCACGACUACAAGAUGCGCUAAUUUGGACUGGGGGACUUUGGUGCCCCAUUGAGUACAACCCCCUGAGCACCAGAGGGAGACAGAGACACUCCCAUGACCCCAGACGAUGUAUGAGGGGCGUAAGAGAAAAGACCAGGCCAAAGACCAAGCAGAAGUGGCCCCACUGACAAUAUCACAAGCUUGUCACUACAGUAUAUGAUGAAGGCAGGAAGUUACUGAUGCUGACUGUUAAACCAUUCUGAAUGUAACACUGACAGAAACAGGCCAGGAAUACGUUCUAGUCUUGAUGGGUGUUAUUGAUUAUUGAUGUGUGUGUAUAUGUGAGAUGGAGUGAUGUACCCGUGUGUUUUGUUGUUUUCCACACUAACCUGGACCUUAUGGAGGGAUAGUUGAAGUUUUUAAAUUACAGUAGAGCUCAUCUAAUUACUGUACUGUCCAUAUUCUGCUAUAGGUAGCCAAUCAAUUUAAGGUGUAAUUCUUAUGUCAUAUAAUGUACUGUAGGGAAUGAUGAUCAGAGAAACACUUUCAUUUAUAGCUGUAUCAAUUUAGCAAUGUUGGAAUACUAACAGCCAAGGACAAAUCUGCGUAUGUGCAUAAAUGUGAAAUGUGAAAGGUAACACGUGUUUGCAUAGUCAGUGUACUAGUAGCUUCUUGUGAGUGUGUAAUAGAAGGUGUCACAGCUCACACUGUUGCACAGCAUGGACUCCAGAUGUGUUGUCAGUCUGAGCUGGGAUGUUGACAUGCCAAUAACAUACCUUCCCCAUCCUCAAUGCCUUGACCAAGUGCCCGAAGCGUACCUAGUUGUUUUCCGCUUUUUUUCUAUAGUUUCAUAUAUAUAGAUGCUAGCCACCUCUUUUGUUUAGGUUAGCUUUUAGUUAUAUCACAGGGUCAAGCCAUGAAGCUUCUUUCAGUCUACAUCUGGACAUGAUUUACAGCAAGCAGUUUAACCCCACAUAUCUUAGUAAAUCCUAGCAACUAGCUCCAAUCUGAUUUUUUUCUAUAGGAGUUGCUGAAAUAAUGAUAAUGCUUGAUGACCUGCAGUAUCCCGGCACUAAUAUCUUGGUUUGAACCUUAUGACAUUGACUAUUCUGCUUCUUGUAACAUGCAUACAGGUUUCUUGUAUACUAUCACACGUGUGAUACUGGAGUUUACAGAAUGUAUCUCAGUCUAAAACGUACUGCAUUGCACUCAGUGACAGUAGGACACACUGCAGCGUAUUGAAGCUGAUGAAAAUGAUCUUUCCACUUCACUUGUGCUCUUACUAAUGUCAUUGCCAAGAUUCCCCGCUAAAGGGUUGUCUUCCCUCAAGAUGUGGAUCUAGGCAAAGAUUACCUUAAAACUAUUUAAAACCUCAUAUUAGCGUUUCUACUAUUAGCCUCAAUAAAAGACAACAAAACAUUUUCUGUGCUUUGAAGCCAUUUGCUAAAACAUUCUCUUUCCCAGAUUGUAAUUGUAUUAUCUUAUCCAGAGACAAGAACCAGCCUCAACUCCCCUGUCUUACAUAUCGUGCAGAGGCCCCAGUGAAUCAUUUCAAUGCUGUAACCAAAAUGUACAGUAUGAGCACUGGGGAAUAAUGGAGGAAGCUAGAUAAGUUAUAAAGCAUGCAACUAAUGCUAGUAACAAUCAACAAGUUCAGUAUCCAACCGAGUGCUGCCUUCUCAGAGCACACCGUGUCUGAGAUCCUGUGUGUUUUACAGGGCGCUGCAUGGUACAAAUAAGCAAUACAAGGUUAUGAGUCAUUAAUGCUUACUUAUCAUGCUCAUACAUGAUAAGUGAUCUUAUUUAAUUAGAAUAAUACUUGUACUGAAAGAGCAUCUUUGGAAUCUGUCCAGUCACCCAUAUACUCUGAUGAAAUUUGGCUGCUCAAAUUAAACAACAAACCUAGUUAGCCAUAUAGUUUAUAAGUCAUUCAAAUUCAAAUAAAUUGGCAUGUUCCACAUGUAUUACUAUCUUUGAAAGAAAAAUGUAAUGUGUUGUUUUACAUAUUGUCAUGUCAACUUCAAAACGGAAUAAACAGCAAUGUCCAAUCCCA